GUUAAAAUGAAAACUCGAUUCAGUACAUUAUUACAUCUGUUAUUAUUAGUUGUUAUUGUUUGCUUGUUACCAAGAGUGAUUGCAGCUAAGGGACCUGUUAUAACAAAUAAAGUAUUCUUUGAUGUCAAGCAUGGUGAUGAAGAAUUAGGGCGUAUAGUCAUUGGUUUAUAUGGCAAGACUGUCCCCAAGACAGUUGAAAAUUUCCGUGCAUUAGCAACUGGAGAAAAAGGAUUUGGAUAUAAAGGUUCAAUCUUUCAUCGUGUCAUAAAGGAUUUUAUGAUUCAAGGUGGAGAUUUCACAAAAGGUGACGGAACAGGUGGUAAAUCUAUCUAUGGAAAUAAGUUUGCUGAUGAGAAUUUCAAACUUCGUCACACUGGGCCAGGUGUUUUGAGUAUGGCAAAUGCUGGACCUGAUACUAAUGGAUCUCAAUUUUUUAUCACUACUAAAGCAACCUCAUGGCUUGAUGAACGCCAUGUUGUCUUCGGAUAUGUUUUGGAAGGGAUGGAUAUUGUGCAUAAAAUUGAAGAUGUAGAAAAAGGACCAUCAGAUCGACCGAAAGAAAAUGUAACAAUUAUCGAUUGCGGCGAACUUCCAAUUAAGGAAAGCGAAAAACCUUAUAGAGUCGAAUUAUAGUUUAAGUUUUUAAUCUGUUAUUUAUUUAAAUUUUUAUAAAGAGAAAUUUUGCAUAAUUCAAGAUUUAAAAAUAAAUAUUUAAUAAUUUUUAUACUAGUUAUUCUUCAUCCUUUCCUUGUUUAUUUAGACUUCACAACCUAAAAAUGAUGCAGAAAUAAACGACUUACCACUCGAUACCUUGGAUGGGAUUAAAAAUCUUUCAUCGAGUUGGAUUAAAAUUUUAAUAUAAAGUUGAUGAUAAUGAGAAUUCGUCAGCUACUAUCAGAAAGUGUGAAUUAUUAAAGGAAAUUGUAAUGCUAAUAAUCUUAGCAUUUACAUUAUUAAGGAACUAGUAAUUGCUUUUUAUUGAUAAAAUGUACAAUGAUGUUUUUUAUUUUUUAAAAAAAAAUGCGUACUAAAGUCUAUCGUAAUUUGUUGAUAC